ACAUAUUAGACAACACAUAAUGCUUCCAGUAUCUUCCCAGGCGGUAGUACCUCCCUGUGUGGCAGAACAGGUAGCGAGCGAAGUAGUGCUUGUAGUGGUGCCACUUGUUUUUCUUGUUGAUAAUUUUCUUAUUACGCUGAAACAAAUUUCUUUCCAGUCGAAAAGCACAGGGCUUCCCGCAGUGUGGAUAGUCUCUAUGUAAAGGAAUAAUGCCGUGAUCUUUAAACAUUUGAAGGGUCUCGUUGUCUUUAUCCCUAAAUUCGCAAAUGACGUCCAUGUAAGACCGGCGACAACUUUCACAUGACAUGCUGAAAAACAAACUGUCUCGGGCGCAGGAAAAGCGCCUCAGCUAGCUAAGCAGGGCCUCAUUACCGCCUGCAAGACAAACUAGUGCGCGCCUAGGUACGUAAUUAUCUGUGAAACGAAAAAAUUGCACAACAAAUUAUUUAUCAUAUCAGAACUCACUGAUGAAAAUAAUGUAAGGAAAUAAACAAUAAUGAAAAUAACUCGUCGGUGGGUUUUUCCUAUAUAUUAACUAUUUUUUUAUGUAAUGCUAAUAACAUGAUAUUAAACACUGAAAUGGAAACAACAGUGAAUAGAACCUGACAAUCUAUUUAUUUACUCUAUCCCGCUUCACAAUUCUCCUCCUGUGCCAUUUUUGUUGUUUACCUCACUGAAUUCCUUUUCAAGAGAUAUGUCCUAAAUGAUGGUGAACGCUUCCACGUAUUCCUCCUCGCCAUUGCGGAUGUAUAUAUCCACCUCAAUAUUAAGAUAUGAACUGAAGAACAAAUGGCAGUGGGAAGAGAAGCAGUAGACUGUGAGAACACUAUGUUGGGUGCAGGUGUAAACAACAGUGGACAUAGACAAAGUAUUACCAACUGAACCAAAGAAUUACAAGUAGACAAGAAAUUAUUCUUCCUUGUGGAAAUAUGUUUUGAAAUAAUUCAAAACUUGUGUAUAGAUUCACCCCCUCAUAAGACUUUUGUCACAUGUAGUAAAAGUUUACCAGCCAUCACAAGUACAGUAGUAUAUCAGCCUGGGUAUUAUUGUUUACCAGCCAUCACAAGUACACUAGUAUAUCAGCCUGAGUAUUAUUGUUUACAUCAGACGAACUGUACAUAUAACAAUAGUGUACAGUAUAUAAUUUUUGUACACUUCCCUGUUGAGUGUUUUUAUAGUGUAUGUUGUAAGUCGUAAACAGUGUUUGUUAAUGACAAGUAUAGUUAUAUGUGUAACUCAUUCUUUACACCAUUUUUCACAUUUAGUUCAAAGAGGUAUAGAGGAACCUUGUUAAUAAUGGUGUAGUCACAUCACAAACUGGAUCUUCCAUCACACUUACCUCCUCACUGUCCUCCCAUCUCAGCAUCAUUACAUCAGUGUCAGUAAAUCACAUUCACUAAUUGAUUUAUGUUUCAGUUUUCAUUGUCAAAUAUAAUUAACAGUAACAAGACAUUAAUAGGUCUUGUAGGAGGAAACAUUUUGCCAGUUAAGUGUCACUAAAACCUUUGAACACACAAUACACACAGUUUGAUAAUGGAAGGUCACUCAAAGGAACAGUCAGAGUCUCCCAGAGAAUUGUCUGUAAAAUCACAUCAAGUAACACAUGUGAAAGAUCAUACAGGAGAGAAGCCAUUUGAGUGUUCAGAAUGUUUUAAAGGUUUUACAAGAAAAGAUGCUUUAGUGCGACAUAUGAAACUUCAUACAGGAGAGAAGCCAUUUGAGUGUACAGAAUGUUUUAAAAGGUUCUCCGUUAAAUCUUCUCUCAUAGAUCAUAAGAGAGUUCAUACAGGAGAGAAACCUUACCAGUGUUCACAAUGUCCUAAAAGGUUCUCACAUAAAUAUUCUCUAGUAUAUCAUCUGAGAGUUCAUACAGGAGAAAAACAUUAUCAGUGUUCAGAUUGUUUUAAAACGUUCUUCGAUAAAUCUUCACUCAAUAAACAUGAGAGAGAUCAUACAGGACAGAAACCUUAUGAGUGUACAGAAUGUUUUAAAAGGUUCUCAGUUAAAUCUGCACUCAAUGAUCAUCAGAGAGUUCAUAGCGAAGAGAAACCUUUUCAGUGUUCAGAAUGUUUAAAAGGAUUUAAAAGACAAGGUGAUUUAGAUAAACAUAUGACACUUCAUACAGGAGAGAAACCAUUUGAGUGUUCAGAAUGUUUUAAAAGGUUCUCAUUUAAAUUUUCACUUAUAAGUCAUCAGAAAAUUCAUACAGGAGAGAAACCAUUUCAGUGUUCACAAUGUAAUAAAAGUUUCUCACAAAAAUCUUCUCUCAGAAUUCAUAAGAGACUUCAUACUGGAGAGAAUCCAUUUCAGUGUUCACAAUGUCCUAAAAGUUUCUCACAAAAAAAUUCUCUCAUAAUUCAUGAGAGAUUUCAUACAGGAGAGAAACCUUAUCAGUGUGCAAAAUGUUUUAAAAGGUUCUCGCAUAAAACUUCUUUCAUGUAUCAUAAGAGAAUUCAUACAAGAGAGAAACCUUAUCAGUGUUCACAGUGUAUUAAAAGGUUCUCAGAUAAAUCUUCUCUCAUAAAUCAUAAGAAAAGUCAUACAGGAGAGAAACCUUAUCAGUGUUCAGAAUGUCAUCAAGGCUUUUCUAAGAGGUAUCUUCUAGUAAGACACAAGAAAGUUCACCCAGAAAAACCUUUCCACUGUGUAAGAUGCAUGAAAGACUUUAUAGAGAAAGAGAGUUUAAUAUUACAUGUAGAGAGAUGUUACCAGACUGACCAAGUGGUCAACUCUCAUCACUAUGAAGGUGAAAGUUGCCAGGAUUUGCACCAUGACUUGAGCUUGUCUAGCCAACCAACAGUGGAGAUGUGUGUUUCUGAAGGAGUGAAAAAGGAAACUAAUUAUGAUCCACUCUCAGUCAUUUGUGAGACAGAAGCUUCACCAGGGCCUGAGAUAAUUGACCAAUCUUCUUUAAAGAUGGAGUGCCUGGAAGAACUAGAUAUUGUUAAGGAAGAAUUCUGAAACUGUUAUUGUUAUUGAUAGUCAUGGUAGACUCAACCUUGGUCGCUCUAAAAUCAAUCUUUACAAAAUUGUGAGAGAAAAUGUGACGUAACGGAUGAAAAUAUUUACGACGCUACUGAGACAACUGAGUGACAGUAUUCUUUCUGAAAUUCAUCUCUCCUUCCCCUCCCCUCUCUUCCUCUCCCCUCCCUUCCCUUCCCUUCCCUUCCCUUCCCAUCCCCUCCCUUCCUCUCCCUUCCCAUCCCUUCCCGUGCCCUCCCCGUCCCCUCCUUCCCUUCCCCUCCCCAGUAAAGAUUGUUUUUUAACUGGCUGUACAUUUAUUAAUAAAGUACACUGUAUCCUCAUUAAUUUGGGUCAUUAUAAUUCAAAUUUUGGCCAAAUUCAUAUGUUUAUUUUUAUUUGUUAAUUAAUUAAACAAUUUGAAUUGAAAA